UUCCUCCUCUCUUAGUUUGAAGAGUUGGUGUUGUGUGUUUGUGAGCGAAUAACUUUUCUGAACUUCUCUCAUCAUUGCUCCCGAACUCCUGAAAAAUAACACAAAGAAACAGAAUCUCAAAAAGAGACAACAGUAUUCUCAGAAGGAUUUGACUGAAUCAAGAUGCUGCUGAUCAUUGAAGCUCUUCUUCUCAUUUUAGCUGCUCUAGGACAGGAUCACAGAGCUGCUGCAGGAAAGAUAUUUCCAUUGAAUAUGGCACUGAAUUCAGUUGAUGACCAAUAUGAGGGCUGUAGAGAGAAAAUGGCGAAUCUGGUGAAGACAAAAUAUCUGAAGAAGGAAAUCAAGAACUCAGCUAAAUAUAAAAUUAGUUGGCAAUUAGGUGAAAAGUUUGUCAACUUCCCAAAAGGUCACUUGACAAGGAAUCAUUUAAUUGCCAUUUACGUGUACAGUGAUAGUAAUGUAUAUCAUCAUUUUAAUCCUGAUACUCGUUACGGUAAAAAACAGUACAAACAAAUGACAUACAAAUGGUAUUCACUUCACUUUCUGUUAACAGAAGCGAUGCAGAUUCUGAAGAAAGCACAAAAUAAAUGCAGGGUAACGUAUCGUGGUACUACAGCUGAAUUUAAUAAGUAUGUUCUGAACAAAGAGAUUCGAUUCGGUUCAUUUACAUCCUCCUCUCUUGAUCGUAAUGUAGCACAAGGUUUUGGAAGUAAAUCUUGUUUUGAAAUCUACACAUGUGAAAGUGCUGAUGUGACUAAAUAUUCGAAGUAUCCUAAUGAGAAAGAGGUGCUGAUUCCUCCAUAUGAGAAGUUUAAAGUCACUGCUGUUAGGACAAGAAAAUAUCAGCAAAAUCUCUGGUGUGACACUGUGUUCACUUUGAAAAGCUCUGGAAAAGUAAGUUACCAGAACUGUGCAGUGGCAUUCAAGAAACCAUCCAAGAACUACUAAUGUUAUUCACUGAAAAAAGUGCUUGGGAUUUAUCAGUUCCACACAAGUAAAUAUAAAAGAAAUCUUACUCUUGAUUUAGUUUAAUUCUUUGUCAACAAACAUUUUUUGUUCACAUAUAAUGGACAUUCUGAAAUAAAAUUAUG